AGAACAAACAUGAGGUGACAGUCAUUCCACUAACAUGGAUAAGUAUGAAACGGUGAAGAAAAUUGGGCAAGGUACAUUUGGAACAACCAUCCUUGUCAAAUCCAAAGAGGAUGGACACCAAUAUGUCAUUAAGGAGAUACAUGGCAUAUCUAGAAUAUUUACUGAAGAGAAGCAGAAAGCUCAACAAGAAGUUGAAGUCCUUUCCAACCUGAGUCAUCCCAACAUUGUCCAGUAUAAGAAAUCUUUUGAAGACAAAGGCUGUCUGUAUAUUGUGAUGGACUACUGUGAAGGUGGAGACCUCUCCAAGAAGAUCAAAUCUCAGGAAGGAAAACUUUUGUCAGAAGAGCAAAUCCUGGACUGGUUUGUGCAGAUUUGUUUGGCACUAAAACACAUCCAUGAUAGAAACAUCAUCCACAGGGACAUAAAACCACAGAACAUAUUUUUGACUAAAGAUGGGACUGUACAGCUUGGGGAGUUUGGAAUUGCAAGAGUGCUGAACAGCACUGGAGAACUGGCAACAACAUGCAUAGGAACACCACUUUAUCUAUCACCAGAGAUCUGUGAGAACAAACCAUACGACAACAAAAGUGAUAUUUGGGCCGUAGGUUGUGUCCUGUAUGAAAUGUGCUCUCUAAAGCCUGCAGCUGGUAUUAUAGAGGAACUAUGUCUGAAGAUCGUCAGUGGUUCAUACUCUCCAGUGUCUGAGCACUACUCCCAAGAACUGCGCUCUCUCUUGGCUCAGCUGUUGAAUUGUGACCCCACACAGAGACCCUCAGUCAGCAGC